AUGCAACUACCCGAAAUCUUCCUCGGCGGUGACUACCGCAGCGAAGCAGCGCCGCGUCUUACCCCGCAGGCCCUCACCCUUCAUCUGCUGAAUUGGCGGGAGAAAAACCCAGCGGACGCAGAGCUGUUGCAGGAAUUAGCGGGCAAUAAGCUUGGGCUGUUGAGUUCGGAGCAAUUCGAUCAAACUGGGAAAAAUAAUCCGCGAACUACCGGGCGAUCCAAAGAGGAAAAGAUAUGCUUUCCGGUGACCUUUGGGGAAAACAGCAACAAUAGCUGCUGUUUGUUUCGGAUCCGAGGGAGAUUGUUGUGGAGAAGAGCGGCGGAAUUGCUGCCAGUGAAGAUGGAAAGCACUUCGACGCAAGUUGUAGAAGUACCGGAAGCUGCACCUUCGUUGUUGAGAAAUAAAGACUACUCGAACAACCCCGGCGAGUACUGGCUCAAAACGAAGAACGCCACCGGAGAUAGUACUUCUCUUUCCUUCAAAGUACACGGAAAUCUCGAAAACAAAUCCGAUUUUGCCGGCGCCUUCAGCGGAGAAGGCGAAGCAGGAACUGCAGGUACUAGAGAACCCAUGAUCACCUCCGACCGGCGCGGGACGAGAAAACAACAAGCUCAACGACCGUACUACAACUCCGUCUCAACAUCUGCAGCACACAACAUCAACGCAGACCAGCAGAGCCGGUUCAUCCGCGUGGGAAAGUCGGCGGUUUUUCGGCAAACCAAGUUAACCUUCCCGGUGAAUCAGCCUUCGGGCGCGAGAGAUCUGCCGCGGGACGCGUUCGGGGAGGUGUUAGAACCCGGAACAUUAUCCUGUGCAAAAGUAUCGCACUCGUAGUAAUUUCAGUCAUGCAUUACAAUUAAUCCGCAUUACAAAUUUUCUUUCUAAUGUUGAGGGAAUUUGUCAUGCAUUUCAUACGAGUGCGAUACUUUUGCAAUUCAUAAACAUCGGCAUACAAUGAUCUUUUGUCCGCUCGGAAUCUGGAAGAACUAGAAAAACUUGACGCCGAAAAUACACUCUUUGAUGCCUCCCAGCAAGACAAAUCGUUUUCCGUGAUGCGGUUCCGGCCAGAGGCGUACACUGCCAUGGGGUCGGCAAAUAGGAACCUGCUGGAAAAGUUUCUGGCGAACAAUUUGUCCAGCACGGUGAGCAGCGGAGGCACGGAACACGGUGAAAGAACCUACUUGUCAGACUUGCAACUUCUCCGCAGGCCACGAUUGCCCUUGGUUGACGUCGCCGGAGGUGGCGCCAGUACUAGCUUGUCGGUGCAAGAAGAGAACAUCGAUUUCCACGACGGGCAUGAAGCAGGGACCAGCUAUUAUCAGCAACCACCCUUCCCCGCCUUCCCUGAAGAUGACAACCUCGCUGCCUACCAAAACGAGAACCCGGACGCCCGGGUGCGGCUUUUCCUCCAAUAUCUGCAAGACAAUCCAGCCGUCGUGUUCCACCAGCUUACGCCAGCGACGCUCCUGGAGCUAGCGCAUUCCUUCGGCUUGAGCUUCAGUGCGGAUCUCGUGCGGGGCGUUCUUGGUUGUGGUCCUGGGAAGAUGAUGAACAACAAGUGGUCUUCUACCUCAUCAUCUGCUUCUACCGCAACGGGUCGUACAAACGAUCCAGCUGUGAUUCCAGCGCUGAAAAAACUCGUUUCGAAGAUGGUAUUGGCGAGAACUUUGAAGCACCUGUUUGCUGAAGAAUUGGCUUCGAAAUGUACUACGGAUGACGAUUAUGCAAUACAAAUUUCCCGCACACGUACAAGAUGCGUCACAAAUCUCACCAAUUUGGAGCAUGACACUUGUCGUGCUAAACUAGGAUCGAUGCCCAGUUUUGUCAUGGAGAGACCGAAUUUGUACGCGUACGGGAAACUUACUGUGGAUGACGAUGCGCAGGAUGGUGUACCACGGAAAUUAUACAGCUUCCAAGAAGACAGUAGAUCUGGAACUGGACGAGGAGCGAACAACUACAAGAUUUUCUCCCCGCAGGAGGUUUUCGUGAACUUCUUCAACCGAUGUUUCUUUCCCGGGUCAACAGCUUCCUCCAGCAGCUCUGGUGACCAUAGUACAAGCUCCGACCAAAGCUACAGCUUCGAGAAGCCACAGCUGGAAUCCUGGCACCACACGACAUUGCUCCCCAGUUUGCAGAACAUCUACCCAGCAAUCCCGAUUCCUAGCACCGAAGCCAUCGUGGAUUCCUUUUUCGGUGCGGAGUUUGCGCUGCAGAAUUAUCCUGUGCAAAAGUAUCGUACUCCUAAUCGUAUUGCAAUCAUGCAUUUACAAAUUUUUGUCUUAAGGUAAAUCCGCUUCCGCACCAUUACAAACGCACUUGUACGAGUACGAUACUUUUGCAAUGCAUAAGAAUUCGAGCAGGUCAGCGAUCGGAAGAGGCGGACAAGGUGGCUCAACUCUAUCAACUUCUCCACAGCAGCUAGAAGCGCUGAACGAGUUAGAGGAACUCUUCCACUUAGCCGCGGCUGAGUGCGGCGUCAGGUUUACCGAGUUCUUCAGUUUUGCGAAGCUGAAAACAGGGUCAUCGACUUCAUCUGCCACAACAAGCAGAACCACCUCUGAUGCAAGAAAAACAAAACCGAGUAGAGUCACCAUCUCGGACCUUCAUCAAUUUGUAUCCACAGUAAAUUUCCCGUACACGUACAGAUGCGGUCUCUGCAUGACAAAACUUGGCCUCGAUCCUAGUUUAGCAUGACAAGUUUUGAGCUCCAAAUUGGUGAAAUUUGUGAUGCAUGUUGUACAUGUACGGGAAAUUUGUAUUGCAUAAUUUGACAGCACGGACGAUGAGUCUUUCCCGAACGCUGUGUUUUUGCGGCGAAGUCUUUACCAUGCGAAGGUUGCAGCUAACGGGGGGACUUCUUGGUCGAACAGCAAUACAACAAAUUCCGGUUCUUUGACGGUUUCUUCCUUCCUCGACGACCGCAUGCAGCACGUUCUUCACGAAUACCAGCGAGAUUUGCAAUAUGAACUGCAAAAGUAUCGUACUAGCAGUAGUUGUAUAAAUUGCAUUACAAAUUGGCUGAGCAUUACAAAUGUAAUUUGUAAUGCGGAUUUCCCUUGAUUAGUAGAUUUGUAAUGCAUGGCUGCAAUCACUACGAGUGCGAUACUUUUGCAUUUCAUAUGCAAACCCACCCAGCCAUUUCCGGCGAAACGACCCCUAUCAAAUGUAAAAAUGUCUGGGUCUGGAAGGUUGAAACUUGUCAUGCUAAGUCUCAAUGACGCAAAAAUCUGUGUUGCGUGAGUACCAAAAGCUGCCCGCUUUUGACCAAGUUGAGAGGGAGUUUCUUAUGCAGGAAAGGCAUGAGAGAGACCUCAAAAAAUCUGUCAUGCUGGGUCUCGCAUUCCAGACCUCAUGGGUCAUGGAAAACCUGCAUCACAAAUGGGUCAUUGGAUAUCUCUCACUAUUCCUAUAUGCAGCGUCGGCGCUGAGUAUAAGAAAGCGAGCUGACAGGUAGGGCACGACAAAGCAUUCUCAGCGCUGGGAUAUGUAUAGAGUGUGCGAGAAAAUGCUUUGAAGACCACCAUUCCUAAAGAGCGUGAAAGCAUUUAGGAAAGAUAGAAACUAAGUCAGGAUACUAAAAAGCUUUUGGGUGCCAUUUGUCCAGCAGCACACACACCGAGACAGCGACAAGGGGAUGGAUCACGACUAGCCAUUUUGAUGCCAAUGAGCAUCCGGCAGGAAAAUCCAGAUCCUUGCAAGGCCGGGCGACGUGGUAAGGCAGACGGGAACGCCCAAUAUACCUGCACUAGGAGCAAAGCAAAAUGGCCUCUGCGCCUGCUUGCGUUGUCUUCGACGUGCCCACCGCUGCGCCAUUAAGGUCAAAAAUAGGAAUGAGAAUCAUCUGAGUUUUUAUUUUUUGCGCAGCCAUAUAAAAAAAAAAAACCUGCAUCACAAAUGUUGCAUUCUUCCAGACCCAGACAUUUUUACAUUUGAUAACCCCGCGCGCAAAGCGAAUCCUCUGGCCGGAAAUUUUCCUGAAGCACUCCAAAAUGCAGUCCAAACUGCAGAAAUUCUACGAGCCGCCGCAUUUUGCCGACAAAACGAUUUUGACGGGGUUUUACCCGUAUGAAUUGCAAAAGCAUCGCACCACCAGUGGUAAUUGCAUUACAAAUUAGCUCAGGACGCCAAAUGGAAUUUGUCAUGCUGAUUUACCUCGGGAUCGAGAUUUGUAUUGCGUCAUUGGUUGCAAUAACUACGAGUACGAUACUUUUGCACAGGAUAACCCGAAGUGCAAACUUUCCUUCGACGCCGUAAAUUCCAUCGUGAGCGCCAGUGCGGCAGUUGGGAGGGGGCAGGGCGUGAAGACGGAACGGCAGUUGGUCUCUGCGGUAAGUCUCGCCGUUGUGAGUGGAACAAUGCCGCCCCCGAGAACUUCUAUUGCGCAAUCGACGCAAAUGAACAAUUCAUUUGACGACCAAUUUGGCUUCAUGGCCAGCAACAGCAUGCCAAACCAACUCGCUGGCGGCUCCGCUCCGUCGUUGUUGCUGAAACUGGAAGAUUUUUGCCAGCUAAAGUUGUCGAUUGACAGGACGAUGCUGACGAAUAGUUUGUUCAGUAACAACUCCAGUACUAUCGCCGCUUCGAGCACGAAAUCCAACCUGAUCCAUCUAGUCCGUGCGAUGCUCGCUUCUGUCACCGCGGAAAGAAUGUUGGUCCCGACGCACCUGAUUUUGUCAAAAUUGGAAGAUGUUCAGUCAAUUUUGGAGUACUUGGAAAGAGCAGGCGAUACAACAAACAGCAAUUACAACACCAAAACGACUCUACUCGGGUUGUUGAAGAUGCAAACGUUGCGGCUGGAAGUGGAAAUGCUGACGCUGAUGUUUGGAGCGAGCGGCGCUUUUACGGACAGAAGCAGCAAUGGUAGGAAGACAAGAGCGACUCCGAGAACAUCAGCGCCGCCAGCUGGUAGCACGACUUCUGUGUUGGAGAAGAAGCAAAACCAGCUGGAGAAACUCGCAGAAGAGUUUGUCAUGCGGAGUUUGCAAGAUCCAAAUAGUAAUCUAUCCUUACCCCUGCUUCACUUUCUUGUGCUGCAUGGCUUCAACGUGGACUUUUUUCAGCAAGAUGAUGCCGGAAAUUUCUCCGAAAAAAUAUCCCCGACCGCGGGAGAAACAAUUAUAGCAAGCACAAGCCUGGCAGCACAUCAGGAUUUCGCUGCUCCCAAUGCAAAAUUUCUUCCGAAGCUUCUCUACGACAAAAUCUGCACCACCUUCGGACAAACCCACCCGACGACCUUGAAGUCCGCAACCCUAUACUGUGGCUUGGAGUUCGAGUUACUCCAGGAGCAGGCUGAGGAGGAGGCUCUUACAGCCGCGGUAGAAGACCAUAGUGCUAGAGCGGCACCACAGACCAGCCGCGGCGGCCUCUCUUCUAUCCCUAUCGCAGGUAGUAGUUCUUCCUCGUCUUCUCUACUCGCCCCACAACCAAAUGCAAAGCCAACCACCGCGGACCUCAUUUCCCAGCUGGCUAAAAUCACCGCAACGGCGGAACAGCUAAACCAGUUCACCGUCGCUUCCCUUGGGUACGAGUUGCAGGCAAAGAUCUUCCUCAAGUUAAAACAGUACGAAAAAGCCUCGGAGCCGGUGGAAAACUUGAUCUCUUUCAACGAAACGGUUUUUGGUAUCUACUACUUCAAAACUCUGAACGCUCUUUCCUACGCGAUGCGGCUUUGUGUUGGCUACUGCGACGCGGAAUACCGGGCGAGGUUUAACAGAAAGCUGACAGGGAAAGAUCUAGUGGAUCAAGAACACAUGGGAGAUACAAACGUAGAAACUGGUGCUUUCCUUGGGCCUGCGGCUGCGCAAAAAUCGGCAAGAGCGCCACCUACGAUCAUCUCAACAACCGCCAGUUUGCACUUUAUCAAAAGGAAAAAUCCCGCCACCCCAUAUCAAAACGAAACUUCUGAUGUUGGAUUUGGGUAAACAAAUCGAAUUUGUGUUGCAGCAGAGGACUACACGCAGAUCCUAAGCCUAGGUAGUGGCUUGGUGGUGUAGGCGCCUAGCAUGGUAGACGGCUACCCUAUAGGCCUUACAGCGUUACAAAUCGCCCAUAUAGCUCGGCGGAAAGCAUGGGCGUGCCUCUUUGCUAGACAGACCCGAUCUGUGGUCACAAAUCUGCAUCACAAAUUUUCAGAGGCGUGCGCUUUCCAUAUGGGGAGGGUUGAUUUUUCCUUGCAAUACACUUUUCCGAAGAUUUCCUUGCGCUCGCCAGCUCCGGGCUGCAGUUCGGCGAAAGGAUUUUGGAGGGGUUUAUGGAAGCGUCAGGAUUGAAAUCGUCAAAGUUGAAAUAGUUUGCGAUGCAUAAAAUGCAACCCACAAAAUCAAAAUGCCUGUCUUGCAGAGUAGGCAAGGGAGGCAGAUUGCAAGCCUGUUGAGGGGUAGACAUAGAGCUGCUAAAGCAGCACGACAAAAGGCGUCUCCCUUACCCAAACAGCACUACAGACUGGAAUUCGGUUCUACCCAAAUUUGUCAUGCGCCGCUUGGAAACUGGGCUCUAACUGGCAUGCGUUUUCUGCAUCACAAAUUAUUUCAACUUUGUCGAUUUCAAACCUGACGCUUCCAUAGGGUUGAAGUAUCACUUAACCGCGAUUUUACGGGAGGAACACGUCGGGCUACAGCAGCAAGCGGAAGUGCGUGCUACCAGAUAUGGAUCAACCUCCACUACUCAGCGCCCGCGCACAAGUACACCUCCGACCAGCAACCUCAGCGAAAGCAAACGAAGAAUGAAGGAGCAGCUGAAGCAGAGGAUCCGGUUCAUCGUGAAAGAAUCCUUCUUCCUGAAGUGCAUCACCCUCUCCAAUAUGGAAAGAAAAAAGUUUGUCACAGUCACUAACUUGCAGGUUUUGCAUUACAAAUUUUUUUAGCAUCACAAGUUUUCCUUGUAUUGCAGAAACACUAGGGAAAUCCCCUAUGAAGCUUGGCUGUUAUGCAUUUUUACGCAUGACAGCCAAUUUUGUAUUGCAAAAAUGCGCAUAAGUGAUCGUGACGAACUUUUUUUGUUUGAUAUCCAAGCCGGAAAUGGUGGUGUUUGUUUCCCACUUGGAAUCUUUUGUCAAGAACUGGCUGAGUACGAUAUCAAAAGGAAAAAUCCCCCCUCCCCACAUCAAAACGAAAUUUCUGAUGCUGGAUUUGAGUACACAAAUCAGGUUUGUAUUGCAGAAAAGCAUUGCAGUCAGAUCCCCAGGCUAGGUAGGGGCGUAUGCGUCUAGUUGUUUAGCAUGGCAAGCGGCUCCCCUUUAGGCCCAACAGCAUGACAAAUCGCUUCCAUAGUGGGGCGGAAGCUUCUGCCCUGGUCUUCUUGCAAUACAAAUGUGAUUUGCGACCUCAAAUCAGCAACGCAAUUUUUCGGAAACAUACCUUUUCGAUAUGGGGAGGGGGGAUUUUUGCUUUUGAUAUACGAGGGAGGCGGUUGGAGGGGGACAGCUCUCUUAUGGACAAAGAACUUAUACAAGUGAACAACUCCCCCUCCCCCUCAAAAUAUUACUUUUUCAUAAUAUUUCGCAAUUUAUUUGGUUACCAAAUAAUGAGUUUUUAUGUCACCAAAUGCUGCACUUUUGUGCCAUCAAAUCGCGCACAUUUCGACUCCAAUAAAUGCGCAGCGAUCCAUCGCGUUGCGUUUUGUGGCAGCAAACCGUUCGCGGCCAGUGUGUGCGAAGACGAAACGACAACGCCCGGACGGCCAACAGCGAGAAGAACUGGCCGCAGGGAAGGCUUGACGCGGAUGCGCAGGUGAUUCUUUUGUUGAAUUGCUGUUCGCAAUCAGCCUUCUCUUCAGCCUUCUCUUCGGCGUUUCGCUUCGAAUUUGCAAGGCGGCGCGCAAAGUCCCUACCAAGAGUCUUGGUUUUUUCCAGGUUUUUUUUCUCCCUUCUGGCCAAUUCUUGGCCAAAAAGCGGCUUUUUGGCCAAGAAUUGGCCAGAUGGGGAGAAAAGCCCGCGAAAAAACCAAGAUUCUUGGAUCGGCCAUCUUUUGCGGCCCUGAAUCGGCCUCGACGCCUUGCAGGUUUUUUGCUCGGCCUUGCGCAUAUUCAACGCUGGAUAUUUGUCGCUGGGCCCCUUCGCGACCGCCCGGAGAAGCAUCGCGUCCCCUGGGUUUUCCGCAUUUGGCCUGUUUUUUUCUGUUGCCGAUUUGCAAUUUCGCACGCGGCAAAGCGCCCACCCAACAUACAAAAUGGCAGGUGUGGAUGAAGGCUUUCCCACACCCUUCGAGACAUUGGAUUGGGUGCGCAGGGGAGGGUAAGAUGGAGAAGGAUGGCGAACAUGCUGGGGACUGGAGGGCCACCUUGCUAAAGUUGGGUGGGCUGGCCACGGGGAUGGAAAAUAUAUAAAUGGGGCGGGGGAAGGCGCACGCCGGGAAGCACCCAGACCCCUUCGCCGAUCCGGUUUGCGCGGCUGAUCGCCCUCCCCUGCUGGCGCUGGGUUCGGGUUUUCCCUUUUUUUUUACUUCCGAGACCAUGAUAACCACCGAGCCCAUAUUUGGGCAACACAGAGGCGAAACCAGAAACCCGGCCUGGCCGUUGCAAGCGCAAUGGCGUAACUCAUUAUGGGCCCCCCUCGCUAGGCGGGCUGGUAGAGCUCGCGGGCGGGAUCUGCUGUCCAUCUCGGUCAAAGCCCUUGCGCCUUCGCUUCGUUUGUUAAAACUCGGUCGAAGAGCAAGCGGACCGCCAGCAGCAGCCCCGAAAAGGGUCCCGCCCCACAUCCGCGCCAAGGCUUCGCGGCCACCAGUUCUUGGCGCUGUUGGUCGCCCACACUUGGGCGCCGCGUCGCCUCACGACCCAACUCUGAACCGCCCAAAAAUUGAAAAUCGCAAUUAUUCUUGGUUUUUCGAAAUGGUGGUGUUUGUUUCCCACUUGGAAUCUUUUGUCAAAAACUGGCUGAGUACGAGGGAGGCGGUUGGAGGGGGACAGCAUAGUAGUUACAACUACCAUCGGGACGAGAAACAGAGAACGAAAACUACGAGCUACUACGGAGAACAUCAAAAUGAGGAUCAGCAUUUGACCAAGCUGUUGGAGGAUAUGGCUUUGUUUGUGGCGAAGCAACAACUCCAAGCAACUCACCAUUCUUGUGGUGGACAAAGAACUGCUACUUCCCACGGAACAGAGAGGUUCGCAGGCUUACACCACUUCCUCCUGGUCCACAAUGCGAAGUUGGAGCUCGCGACAACAGCCGUCGCGUCGAUUUCGAAAAAUUCCAAGCCAUUGAAACAGCACGCGCAAGGGAAGGAGAGGCUAGAUUUUGCUCUCGGAAGAAAGGGUAGUUUAGAGAAGGAUCAGGACGAGGACCUGGGGUCGUUUAUUGACCAGACGAUCGAGCUACCUCCGGCUUCGAUGAUUUCUGAUGCGAUCACUGCCCUGUUGGAGAUGAUGAGGCUAGAACGGGCUGGCGGGAGUAGAACUGCAACAGCUCUACACAGCACGCGAGGGACGAGACGACCAACUAUGAACACGUCUUCCCAAAACAGCAACCAGUCCAACAUGGUCGAGCGGUAUCUGAUCGAGCGGUUUUCGACUUUGAGCUCGAAGGAAAAAGCGUUGAAGCCGGGGGACUGGUUUACGGAGAUGUUGAAAAGAUCCGACGAAGAAUUUAUCGCGGAACUAUGUCUAUGAACUGCAAAAGUAUCGUACUUCUCGUAUAAAUGCAUUACAAAUUUCCUCAGCAUGAGAAAUCAAAUUUGUAAAUGCGGACUUACCUUAAGAAAAAGAGUUGUAAUGCAUAUCUGCAAUACCAGUGCGAUACUUUUGCGCAGGAUGCUGUCAGUUGUUUGUCGAAUUUGGACUGGAAAGCGCGAUUUUGUUUCAGUUGGAAGCGUCGCACUUGCGAGGAAGAUGAGCAUUUUGACGAGAAACUCGACAAUAAUGAUGGGUAUUCAAGAUUGAUUGGCAUGCAGAAGAGGUAGAGCUAGAGCACUGCAUUGGAAUAACAAAGGUUUUUCGUACGUCGGC